AUGGCAGUGGCCGUGGGCGUCGAGUCGGUCGACGAGCCCGAGGCGGAGGACGUGUGGCGCGGGGUGCAGUGGGAGGCGGCGUGGCCAGGGCGGCGGGACCCAAAACCCGUCGUGCUCGCGGGUGGAGACGACGCGGUGGUGAGGUCCAGGAGCCUCACGGACAAUGACCUAGAGGAGCUCAAGGGAUGCGUUGACCUGGGCUUCGGCUUCAGCUGCGACGAGAUCCCCGAGCUCCGGAGCACGCUCCCGACGCUCAAGCACUGCUACUCCAUGACCCAGUGCCUCCAACCGGCCGCCACCGCCACCUAG